AUAACAAUGGCUUUUAUUUUGGAAGGGCACGCCGGAAGCAGAUACAUCCAACAAAGCGGACUUGAUUGUUGGAGGACAGGUGGGAUCUCCGGUCUGACGAGCUGCUGUUGUUCUCAAUACAAAGAGAGCAGAGCCGGAGAAACCCUUCCCAUUUACAGUAAACAUUUAAAGGUUAAUACACUGUGUUAAAUUCAAACAAUAUCCGGUACAUUAAAGUGGUAUUUAUGACGCGUUUUGGGUGAAAAAUGUUCGACAAAAGAGGGAGAAAUUCAACAGAAACUGCGCAGUCAUAGUUUAAUGGGAGCGGUAACCUGAGCAGAUAUGCCAGCUGAAGACAAGGUUGCCAUCCUGACGGACGAUGAGGAGGAUCAGAAGAGGAAGUAUGUCUUGGCCGAGCCCUUCGACAUGCCGCAGCUGGAUCAUGCGGCAGGUGCAUCCGAGACGCCAUCGCCCGCCUCGGACACGCCGCCGGAGCAGCCGCCGGCCUCCUCCAACUCCAUUGAUUGCUGCGAGAGGAUGUGCCUCCGCAUCAACUUGCACCUCCUCAUCUCCAAAAUCUUCUACUUCUUCUUCUACGCCGCCUACGGCUCGCUGCACCCUCUGCUGGCCCUGUACUACAGGCAGCUCGGCAUGUCGGCCAGCCGCAGCGGGCUCCUCGUCGGCAUCCGCUACUUCAUCGAGUUCUGCAGCGCUCCCUUCUGGGGGGUGGUGGCCGACCGCUUCAAGAAAGGGAAGGCCGUGCUGCUGUUCUCUGUUGUCUGCUGGCUGGUAUUCAACUCCGGCAUCGGCUUUGUCAGACCCGCGGAGAUGAAGUGCGUGGAGGUAAAUCUUGCACCUAUCACCACAACAACUAUGCCUGUGAUUACUACUCUCCCGCCUGGUAACUUUACCAGCAGCUCCACCAACCGCAGCAGGAGUCGGCGGAGUAUUCUAGAACUCUCCGGGCUUCAUGAGACACUGGACUCCUAUAUUCAGGUUCUCCCCAGAGAAAAACGAGGCGCCAACGACUCUUCAGUUCCCUUCAACACCACUUUAGCUCCCUUUUUUCCGGCUAACACCACCCGUCCCACCACCACACGCACCACCACAACCUCCCCUGCUCCAACCAAAGCCAAGAAGUAUGAGAUCAUCUACAACCCGGACCAGGUGGAGAGCCUCUUCCUGCUCAUCCUGCUCGUCGUCAUCGUGGGCGAGUUCUUCAGCGCCCCAGCCCUCACCAUCGUGGACACCGUCACCUUGCAAUAUCUCGGGAAGGCCCGCGACCACUACGGCCUGCAGAGGAUGUGGGGCUCCCUGGGGUGGGGGCUGGCCAUGCUGCUGGUUGGCAUUUGGAUCGACCAUACACACCUCAUCCCGUUGAUCAACGGCCUGGGCUGCAUCGUGCCCGAAUUCCGCAACUACCAGAUCGCCUUCAUCGUCUUCGGCGUGAUGAUGGCCGUCGCCUUCAUCGUCGCCACACAGUUUUACUUCGAGGACGGCAGCGGGUACCAGCAGGAGCUUCCAGAGGGGGUGGUGGAGGACAGCCCCAGGGCGCUUCCCAAUGAGCAAACUCCCAGCAGCCCCGGUAGCAGCGCCGCUCAGGAGUUCAACUACAGUGACCUGCUGAGGCUCCUGUGCAGCGUGCGCUACAGCUCCGUGCUCUUCGUCGCCUGGUUCAUGGGCUUCGGGUACGGCUUCGUCUUCACCUUCCUGUACUGGCACCUGGAGGACCUGCAGGGCUCCACCACGCUGUUUGGAAUCUGCUCCGUCCUCAGCCACAUCUCCGAGCUCGCCGCAUACUUCACCAGCCACAAGUUCAUCGAGCUGGUCGGACACGUCAGGGUGCUGUACAUCGGCCUGGCCUGCAACACGGCGCGCUACCUGUACAUCUCGUACCUGCAGAACGCCUGGACCGUGCUGCCCAUGGAGGUCCUUCAAGGUGUGACGCACGCCUCAGUCUGGGCCGCCUGCAUCUCCUUCCUGAGCGCGGCGGUCCCUCCGGCCCUCAGGACGUCUGCGCAGGGCAUCCUGCAGGGCCUGCACCUCGGGUUGGGCCGCGGCUGUGGAGCCAUGGUGGGGGGGGUGUUCGUCAACUACUUUGGCGCUGCGGCCACGUUCAGAGGGAUCGGCAUGGCCUCCCUCGUCAUCCUCCUCAUCUUCUCCUUCAUCCAGUGGCUCACUGCAGAGUCCGAGGAGAAAGAGGAUAGGAUUUUGGCGGAGAACAUCCCGGUUCCCUCCAGCCCGGUUCCCAUCGCCACCAUCAACCUGGUGCAGAACCAGAGUGGCGCCGGCAGCCCCGCGCUGACCCGCUCCCCCGCCGCGCUGCCCGUGAAGAAGACCAAACACCAGGAGGACCAGGAGGACGUCAGCAGGCCGGCCUGGGUGCUCUCCGGCGCCCCGUGGGUCACCGUGGCCUUCGCCAUCGUGCAGGUCAAAGAGAUGAUGAAGAUGAGGAAGAACGGUGCGCCGCCGUCAGAGACUCAACCGCUGCAGAAAGGUGAGACGUUUUUGCGUGCGAAGGUCAAUGGAAAAUUACUGUGUGUGUUUGUGUGUGUGUGGAGGGGGGGUGUCCAGUGUUUCCUUUGUGUGUGUGUGUUGAUGCAUGUGGUGACUCAUCUGUAACUUUGUGUGUGUGUGGUAUGUGGGCGUGUAUCUGCAUGCAUACGUGUUUGCGAAUCUCACACGCCUCCGUGUCAUGACGCAAUGUGAGGUGCAUGCCCUAAUCCCCCCCCCCACUCCCUGGUUGAUGUUACCCCCCCCCGACCCCACCGUCGUCCUCCUCGUGGCCAUGUUGGAUUUUCCUGAAGAUGGACAGAGUAGGGCAGCCGAGAAGUUGGAAGGGAAGUGUGUGUUUUUGAAAUAUCAGCUAGUCUAGUUAGCACUGGGAUAGCUACAAGAUGCUAGCAGAGCUGGAAUGUAACUAAGUACUUUUAAUCAAGAACUAAAUUGACAUGAUUUUACUUCCUUCUUGUAUUUGUACUUGGUAGUUUUUUUUAGCAAGCUUAGGUUGAGGAUAAUUUUCAAAAUAAAAGCCCCUCCGUGUUGCAGCUUGUUACUGUUUGUUCCUCUCGUUGCCAGGUACCUAAUGAGCAGGCGUCGCCCGAGUGCGAGGCGGUGUCGCUGCCGCAUAGAAACCCAAGUGAUGACGGCACAGAAACUCCCACGCAGCCAGACACCACCCGCCCCGCAGCACCCACAGACUCUAACGAGGACAAAGACCAAACGCACCCAUCCUCACCCAGAGGAGAGGAGAACCCAGCCUUCACAGGCGAAAACACACACUGACUUUUCAUUAAGAGACUAUUUAAUUCACACACACACACUGAGCUUUAGUGUGUAUCUCCUGCUGCAGAAGGAUUUAGUCAUAAAAUCUGACUGCAGGUUCUUGAGUAAUGAGUCAGCAUAUUGGAAAAACUCUUUAUUUAUUUGGAUUUAUUGUAAAAUGUUGCAGAGAAUGUCUUUUAAAUCUUGAGACAAGAAGCUAAUAAUGCUACUCAUUUUUUUUAAAUGGGUUGUCUUGCAAAGCGGAGUUUGUUCUGAUGGACCGGGAGGUGCGCUUAUUUGCAUUCAGCCCUCAGAGGUGAUCAAAUCCAACUCACCCUGUGCACUAUAUUAACUGCCCUUUCCCGGUGGAGUGUGAAGGAAAUUCCUUCAAAGUUAUUUAAUAACUUAACUCACUUUAAAGAGUGAUGAAAUCUGACCAAAUGGGGAUUCAACCCAACAUUGGAAUUGUAAAAUAACAUUAACCAAAAAUGGAGGUUCUUAUCAGACACAAUUUUCUCAAGUUUCAAACCGUUUGCACACAGCAGUAUUUGCAAGUCAAUAUUCAAAAUCAGUACAAAUGAUCCAUGUUAGAGAAAAUAAUGGGAUACAAUACAAUUCAAAUGAGGAUUAAUAGAAGCCUAAAUGUAGAGGGGAGGUAGUUUGUGUAUGCUUUUGAGGAAAUACUUUGGCCAAAUAAUUAUCAAACAGGUAUUGCAGUGUAUUUCCUAAACAUUCAGCUUAAAUCCAGCUGUCUAAUCCUGUAGAAACCCUGCUGUGAUAUCCUGUAGAAACCCUGCUAUGAUAUCCUUUAAAUAUAUAUUUAAUUAUGGUUGAGUUUUGUUUGCAGCAUUGCUUUUUUUCUAGCAGGAAUCCAGCAUAUUGUCGUGGCCUUUGGGGUAAAAUAGAUGUUGUUGACAGGAAAAAGGAUUUGAUUACAUUGCAUCUUUUCCCCCUUUUGUUUCAGAUUCCAUCACUUCUCUAAAAAAAACAACAAUCCCCUUUGAAUCGUGAAGAAGUGCCUCUCAAACAUGGUUAUUGUUCUGACUUAUUAUUAUAAGAUGUCAUGCAAGGAUCCCUUUACUGCACUCCUAUACUGACAGAUCUGUCACACUGACGCUCUUUUUAAUAUUUUUAUAUUGAAGCUGCCAAUAGGCGACACACACUGUAUUUACCGUCUUUGUUUCCCAUUAUCCCGCCAAACAAUUCCCCAGUGUUCUUUGUUUCACUCUGGAUCGAGAAGCGCUCAGAAACGGAGCUCCAUGAAGGAAGUCAGGGUUUUUUUCUUGUGUGAAUGAAAUAAGUUAAGGAGCUUUUGCCAUUUAAAGCAGUAUCUGUAACUUAAUCGCAUUGGUUAAUAAUGUUAUUAAAUAUUUAUCUCCAGUAUA